AUGUUCAUAUGCAAGAUCCAGCAGACACCUCCUCCCUACAGAGCUCAAGGUACUUUGCCUAUGUUUCAUCUUUCCAACAGGAAACCCACCUGGUACCAAAAAGCCCUAAACAUGGCUUCUCAUUGGAGAGUCAUUCCAAGGUCCCAAGAGAUUACUUCCACUCCAAGAUUGUGGAGAUCUCCCACUACAAAAUCAUCCAAAGAACUUUUCCCUACAACCAACCCCAAUAACACCAACAACCCUAGCAAAGGAAUUAACAAGCUAAGAAAGUGCACAUCCAUGAGAGUUGCAACCUCAUUCACUAGGGUUUGUCUCUGUGCACCCAUCUCGUCUUACAACAAAGUGUUUCAGGCUGAUUUCCCACCGAGGAGAAGCAACAGUUACCCUAGAUCAUCAAAAACGUUUCUCGUCCCGCAAGAAAGAAUGAUACCGCAACCGAAUCCUGCCAGGCUUAGCACGGAAGGUAGGAGGUCGCUUUUUCGGGGGCAAUCUUUGAAUGACGAUGUGCUUAUGAGGAGAUUUGUGCUCGAAGAAGAAGCAAUGAUGGAGGUUAGGAGAAGGACAAAUCAAAUGGAGAUUAUUAGGAGGAGGAGUAGUGUGAUGAUGAGGAAGAAGAAGCUCGGGCCUAGCCGUCUGAGCCAAAUGGUGAUUGCUGAGGUGGAUCAUGAGACCAUUCAAUAUUGA